CCCGCCUCCUGAGGACAUAGUGCCGCGGCACCGCGCUGCUAUAUAAAGGCCCAGGGAGGAUUGCUAACCACAGAGCAGCAGACUCUUCUAUCUUUACCACAUUUUUCCACCUCAGUUCAGAAAGAUGGCCAAGGCAGCAACUACAGCAGCGUGGUGCCUCAUUGCGUUGGCGGCGGUGGCGGCGCUGGUGGCGGCAGAGCCUGAUCCCGGCCAUCACCACAGAAGGCCAUACUAUAAACGCCCCAGCUACUACAGCCAGAGGCGCCCACAUGGCGCCGCCCAUGUUUCUCCCUCCGGCCACUCUGGUGCCUUCGGCGGCCACAGCACUCACGGCCAUAGCUCCAUCAGCCACUCAGGUGGCCACCUGCAGGGCACCAGUCAUGGUGUGCACGGCAACCACGGCACCUUGGGCCACACCUCAAUCGGAGUCUCAAAGGGCGUGCAUGGCAGUCACGCUAUCCUUAGCCACCCCUCCAUUGGACAUUCAAAGGGCGUGCAGGGCGGCCACGCCUCCGUCAUACACUCAAAAGGUGUGCACGGCAGCCACGCCACCCCUGUCCAUGCCUCUGUCAGCCACCUGAAGGGUUCCACUCACGGCGUCCACGGCGGCCACGGCAAGAAGUACUAUCACUAAUGGAGGCUAACCGGCCUUCACACACACACACACACACACACACACACACACACACACACACACAUCUUGAAUGAGUCUUUGCUCAGGACUGACAUCCAUGCGUUUCCUAUUUUUGUACAUCAAUGUGUAACGAUGUCUGUAACUAUUUUUGUAAUAAUAUGGUGGUCGUAUGUGUA